AUGGCGACUCGAUCCAAAGUGCGCGCGUACGUGCAGUGGAAGGACAGCAGCGUCUUCUCGGGCGAGGAGAUUGAAUGUAUCAUAAGCUUCAAGAACACAUGCGACGACAAGGACCAACACGCUCUUGACGAGCACACGACAAGCUCCCGACAGAAGCCUACACAGAGGCAGCGCACCGUCACACACUCGACUCAGCAAUUGUCGACCGUCCCAUCCGUCGCUCCAUCAGUCGCCGGCUCGAGAACACGCUCGCAUCGACCAACCCUCUCCUUGUCCGUCUACCCGCCGCCCUCGAAUGCCCACCAAAGAGUGCCUAGCCAUGCCGCCAGCAACACAACCAACACGACGCGCAAUGUGCCCACUCAUGCCCGAUCUCUGUCGAUAAUGUCCAUGGGCAGUGACAAUGCAGCCGCAGCCAAUUCUCACAACGUUCGGCGGCCUCCUGCUCGUGGUCAUGGCCGCUCGGCCAGCAUGCAGGUCCUCUCGCGCACACCCUCGUACCAAGCUCCCUCGCUGUCCUUCAGCUCCUACAGAAAUCCAUCGCCCUUACAGAGUCAACACCCGCCGCUGACCCGUCGUACUUCGGGCAUCCGUACCGCUCCUGGCACUCCUGCCUUCAACUUCCCUUCUCCAACCACUGCUCAGCAUCCAUCUGCGAGCAAUACCUCUCCUCAGAGACGCCCUUCUGCCUCGCACAUGAUGCCUCCGCCGCGACAUCCCUCUGCCUCCUCUGCUUCUUUUCCUCCUCCAACCUUCUCCAUUCCACCCGAAUCUCCUGAUACUUCGCGUCGAGGCUCCCCUGCUCUUGGUCGCUCUCCAAUGCCCGAGUUCCAAUUCCCUCUCAGAAGUCCUGCUCCUCCACAAAGACCACUUCCACUACCCUCUCCAAAACUUCCUGACGUGUCGCCCUCAUCCGCCAACCCGCUUUCGCGCAUCAUAUCCGAGUCUGGCGCCAAUGACACUCCUCGUACUAGCAGCGACUUCUACUCUCUUACGAAUCACUCGUCUGAGACUGCUUCUUCCGAUGCAGGCCCACCACCACCAAGCCGCAUGCUACCAAAACCACUCAACGGCCGGAUACGGCAAGCCCCACCAACCAGUAUGCCUAGGAAUCAAGAGCCUGAGAUUCUGAUGAUGGGCUACGCUCAAACUAUGGGUUCCUUCAUCCUUGACGGCUCACUGGUAAAUCAAGCUCCUUUUGAGGAUGUCAAAAGAAAAGGUGUCGUCGGCGGGCAAGGCGGUGGUGGUGUAGUGGGCGUGGAAAAAUCAAAGCGACAGAGUGGCAUGUUUGGCUUUGGAUGGGGGAACAUAGGCGAGAGUCUGGGUGGUCUCCUGGGUGGUGGUGAGAUGAGCAGUAUCCAAGAGAUGCGAAGUGUCGCAAGCUCAAAGACUGUCCCACUGCUCAGCACUCCUCAGUCCAUCCUCUUCGUCGAUCUGCGUCUUGCACCAGGUGAGACAAAGAGCUACUCUUAUCGUUUUCGCUUACCGCGAGGACUACCACCCUCUCACAAAGGUCGAGCCAUCAAGGUACAGUAUCAUCUGACUCUGGGUAUUCAGCGACCUGGAGGGAAACAGCAGGUCAAACAUAUAGAGAUCCCCUUCCGUGUGCUUGGCAGCGUCAACAAUCGAGGAGAAAUCCUGGGCCAUGACUUGAUGUCUCCCUACAUACUAUUGAACGACAAGGCCAGAAGUCAAAGUAUAGCUCUGAGCGGAUCGAACCCUCGAUUUCCCUCUGCAAAGUCGCCAUCAGAACGAAGAGCGUCGUCCUCGUUGACGGACGACUUUCUCUCAUACACGGAUCAGCUGUUGGCGAAACCUGCAUCCGAGUCUGGCGCACUAUUAUCGCCCACUGCCGAGAAGCCUUCGCGUAGACGGUCAUCGCUGGACGAGAUACUGCCGAACAAUACGAAAGAGGCCAUAGACAUGGCUAUCCUGAGAUCAAACAUCGCAUCCGGAUCAUCGGAUCAACUCACACAAUCCAGCAACCGCUUUACCAUUUCUCGAGGAGGCCAGCUCGUCGCUAUAAUAACCAUUGUACGACCAUUCUACCGCUUAGGUGAAACAAUCACCGGCAUCAUUGACUUCAUCCCUCCUACGCCCGAACCCGAUACCGAGGCAGACCAAAUCCCAAGUUAUGGCAUCAACGUGUGGCUAGAAACCACCGAACGCGUGGAUCCAAGUCUGGCCUUACGCUCAUCGUCUUCCGUGCAGCGAGCAACCAGAAAGGCACAUGCCCAUGUCAGCGAAAACGUACUUUUUGCCCGCAGGGUCUCCUUCAGACUUGAAGUGCCUACCACAGCCACACCCACCUUUGAGACCACAGGUGUGCAAUUGGACUGGAGAGUCAGGAUCGAAUUUGUGACUGCUCGAGUACGACCAAAAGCAGCUCGUGGGUUGGAGGCCGGUCUGCUGGAAGAAGUGGGUAGGGAUGAAAGAGGUGUGGUGAGAAUUGCAAAGGAACGACUUGUUGCCGAAACCUUUGAGGUCGCUGUACCUAUACGUGUUUAUGGUGUCACUGGGACAGAAAUCGACAAGCGCGAGGCCGAGACCGAUGGCCUGGAAGUCUGA